AUCAAAGAAGAAGAAGAAGAAGGAAAAAAACAUACCUCUUCAUUGAUCAAAUUAGUGCAUGAGAAGGAAACAAAUCAAAAUGGCUUCCACUUGGAUCGACCCACGGUUCAACCGACAGCUCCAAACCGCCGCAGGAAGAAAGUCGACCAACAACAACAUGAUCAAAGACGAGAUCCCAGGGUUGAUCAGAGUAUACGAAGACGGGCGGGUGGAAAGGCCGCCCAUCAUCCCUACCGUGCCUUGCACGUCACCCGCCGCCGCCGGCGUGACAUCCACGGAUGCGGUGAUCGACGGAUCUUCCAACUUGUGGGCGCGCGUGUAUGUUCCCGUGAAGGACGGCUACUGCAGCAGCAGUUAUUAUAAGCUGCCGGUGUUGGUUUACUUUCACGGCGGUGGGUUCUGCGUAGGCUCGGCUGCUUGGAGCUGUUACCACAGCUUCCUCUCCGGCCUCGCCGGAGAAUUGGGCUGCGUCAUCUUCUCGGUCAACUACCGGCUGGCUCCGGAGCACCGCCUCCCUGCUGCCUACGAUGAUGGCCUCACAGCCCUUGCAUGGAUCACUAGCGAGGAUAGUAGAUCGUCUCAAUACUGGUGGAGCAGGAGAUGCAACUUAUCAACCGGAGUAUUCCUCGCCGGCGACAGCGCCGGCGCAAACAUCGCAUACAACGUGGCCAGAACAUUGUUCACCAACUCCUCCUCAUCAUCAUCAAAACUCCGUUAUAUCCAGGGCUUGGUAUUAAUCCAGCCUUUCUUCGGCGGCGAAACCAGGACUCCAUCAGAGAAAAACACGCACGACAUGUCACCCAAUUCGCCGCUGACUCUCUCCGCCGCCGACACCUACUGGAGGCUGUCUCUGCCCUUCGGCGCGAACCGCGACCAUCCCUUUUGCAACCCUCUUGCCAAGGUCCAUGAACCGAGGCUGCUGCUGCCGGUGCCGGCGAUGGUUUGCAUAUCGGAGAUGGAUGUGCUGAGAGAUAGGAGCUUGGAUUUUUGUGAUGCGGCGAGUAGAGCGGCGGGGACAGUCGUCGGCGGGAAGAAGGCGGCGGUGGAGGCGAUUGUUUAUAGAGGAGUUGGGCAUGCGUUUCAUGUGCUCGAGCGUUCUGCCGUGGCGCAGAUUAGGGCGCAAGAGAUGGUUUCUCACAUCAAAAAAUUCGUUCACCAAUGACUAAUGUGUAUUUUUUGGAAUUAGCCUUUUACAUUGUUACUUGUUUCUUUCUUAUUAAUAUAUGUAUGUACACUAUGUUUGGUUUGGGGGAAUGAAUUUACGGGUCGUUUGAUUCAUGGAUUUGAAAAUUAAAGGUUUUGGUCAAAACCUGAGUGCAAGAUAAUAUGAAUGUGAUUUGUGUAAUAUUAUUAUGUUAUAUAAUUAUUUUAUAGAUAAAAAUAUUGUGUUACCUUUUCAUGGAUUAUUAUUAUUAUUAUUAUUAUUGUGAUAGUAAGAAUAAUAUUUAUGAUGAUAUACCAAAAUUAUAAAAAAGAUUUAUAUCG